AUGCAUUCUCUAAUCACCAAGAUCGGCAUCCUGGCUGUAGCCUCGCUAGCAACCCAGACAGUUGCCUUGCCCUCCAACAACAAGCCUGAUCCUUUCUCCAGCGCUUCCUGGCCUUUACCUCAUAACAUCAGCGGUGUCUCUAAUCCUGGCGCCAACCAGAGUUAUGAAGGUUGGGGUGGCGUUCAUCUACACGAUCCAUCGGUAUGCCACACAGUUCGAUGUUCUUUUCGACGUCAGACUGACCGUUCAAUAGNNAUUGUGAUGGGUCCCGACGGCCAUUACUACUCGUUCUCAACGCAUGGAUUGGUAGUCAUCAGCCGAGCUUCACAGCCCAAUUCAUUGGAUGGCUACUGGGAGCCAAUUGGCUCUGUUCUCGAGGGAUCUAGCAUUAUCAACAACACCGGAAGCACCGAUCCUUGGGCCCCUGAUGUGCACAAGGUCGGCGACACUNACUACUGCUACUAUGCCGUCUCGCAAUUCGGCAGUCAAUUCUCUAGCAUUGGACUCGCUACCUCGAAGACACUGAAACCUGGCAGCUGGACCGAUCAUGGCGCGGUCCUGAUAUCGAACACUACUGCUCCUUCGCCAUUGAACAUCACGAAUGCAAUUGAUGGCAACUUGUUCAUCGAUCCAAAGACCAAGAUUCCUUAUCUUACCUACGGUAGCUUUUGGAGCGACAUCUGGCAGUUUCAGCUAACUCAGGACUUGCUUAGCGUUGUCUGGUCUCCUGCUCCUAUUCAGCUGAGCUUGGAUCCUGUAAGCCCACAGGCAGAGGAAGGUGCCUACUUGAGUCGUCACGAUGGUUGGUACUAUCUUUGGUACAGUCACGGCUCGUGCUGCGGCUACAACGUAUCCGCUCUGCCUGCACCUGGCCAAGAGUGCGUAAUCACCUGUGUUUACCAGUGGUAUUUUGUUCUGAUUCACGAUAGAUACUCUAUUCGCGUCGGCCGCUCCAGAUCAGCCACGGGACCCUUUGUCGACCGCAACGGCGUUGACCUGAAGAACGGCGGUGGCUAUAUCGUCUACGGCAGCCAUGACUACGUCGGUGUCCUCUCAAAUUAUCACGGACGAGAUGUUCUGUACUACCACUAUGUGAACACCAUCCAAAACCCCAUGUACCUUGAUGAGCUCAAGUUGCUCGGUUGGAACUACAUCAACUAUGUUCAGGGGUGGCCUGUUUUGGUCUACAACUGA